AUGAGUACCCGUAAAGCUCGCCUGAUUGACUUGGAGAAGCGGGAAGAAAACUCUGAGCCAAUACAGGUCCUUUGUCUGGGCAUGUGUCGUACCGGAACAUCAUCACUUUUGGCGGCCUUAAAAAUGCUGGGCUACACUCCACUUCACAUGUCUCAUAUUGUGGAAGACACCCAUCUAAAACGACUCUGGGUUGAGGCAAUCGAGAGCACAUUCAUAGACAAGAGCUCACAGAAACCCUACGGCCGACCUGAGUUCGAUAUUCUGCUUCGUGGUUUUGAUGCCACCCUUGAUAUCCCCUGUGCGAUUUUCGCAGAUCAACUUAUCAACGCCUACCCCGAAGCCAAGGUGAUUCUCACCACGAGGCCAGUGGAGUCUUGGAUCAAAUCGAUGCAAGGUACUAUUUGGCAGCUCAUGCGAUGGCCAUCCUAUCGAAUUUUACGAUACGUGGAGCCAGAGCUGGUGGGAUCAUUCUUGAAGCUCCUUGAAGCCAUCUUUCAUGUCCAUAAUGGGAACAAGUAUGGCGGAGCAGAGGCUGAAGAGGCUUUUCUGGCACACAACCAGCGGAUUCGGGAGCUGGUCCCUGCCAAGAAUCUCCUAGAACUUUCGCCGCCCUUUGAUUUGACGACACUGUGCGAUUUUCUUGGCAAGCCGACGCCGUCCUGCGGGUACCCGCAUGUCAAUUCAACCGAUGAGUAUAUCUCGAGGAUAUCCGAACGCAGGAACAAGUCCAUCAUCAUGGCAAUGAUGCGACUGUUGAAAUUCCUUCUCCAACUUCUUCCUGUACUGAUUGUUUCCGGUGGGUUUUGGAUGAUGUUCAAAUAA